CACAAAGAAAGAUUAUCCGCGAAACGAAACCUAUAAAUACUGUAACAUGGCGCGAAUUCCAUUUUUCAAACACUCAUUUCUCUCUGAGAACUUUGAGAGAAAGAGCGAAAGACAGAGAAAAACUGUAAAUUCUCGAAGUUUCUGGAUUUGUCGUCCGCCAUUGUUACAGAAAUUCGAGGUCGCCAUAACCUAAUUGUGGCCUAAAGCUUCAAUCAAACGAUAUUUCUGACACUUCAAAAUGCAGAAAUUAGGGUUUUUCGGCAUGAAAGGCUUAGAUCAAUUCAAAUCCUUAACAGGAUCUGCUUCAGGAACUGCGAAAACCUUAUCAAUUUCUUCACGUACAACUUCCGAUUCAAUUACUUCAGGAGGUUUCGCGAGCUUGAAGCUCACUGCUGAGAAAUUGGUGAAGGAACAAGCGUCCGUGAGAACUGACCUAGAUUUAGCGAAUUCGAAGUUGAAGAAAUCUUUGGAGCAUAUUCAUGUCCUUGAAGAGAAGCUACAAGCAGCUUGUAAUGAGAAUGCGAAGCUGAAAGUGAAGCAGAAAGAAGAUGAGAAGCUCUGGCAAGGUCUCGAAUCAAAGUUCUCUUCGACGAAAACGUUAUGUGAUCAACUCACUGAGACGUUGCAGCUCUUGGCCUGUCAAGUUCAGGAUGCGGAGAAGGAUAAGCAGUUAAUUGGAGAAAAAUUAACUGUGAAUUCGGCUGCAUUGGAUACAUUGAAUGAUCAAAUGAAGAGUUUAUCUCUUAAAUUGGAUUCAGCAGAGGAAAACAUAAGAGAACGUGACCAGGCAUUUAAGGAACUUAAAGAGCAGAAAGAGGAACAAGAGGUGCUUUAUGAAGACGAACGAUCCAAAACUACCAAGCUUAUGGAGGAAAAAGAUUCUUUGAUAAAAUGCCUUGAAUCUGACCUUACCACAAGCAGACUAACUGGUGAAAAUUUGAAGUCAAAAUUUGAUGAUGUGAGGAUAGAACUGAAAUCGAAAGAAGAGGAUCUUACUCGGAUGAGAAUUACUCUUGAAAACUUGGAGAGGGAGAAAGUUGAUCUUCAAUCCAACAAUGAUGAGUUUGCCAAAAGAUUAGCAACAUCAGUGCAGGAGACUCAAAAUCUUAAGGAUGUGGUUAAUGCUUUUGAUUCAAUAUUGAUUGAAUUGGAUGAGCACAGUGUGGCUGUUUCCGACAAGAUUUCUCAGCUCUGCUCUGUGUAUGAUAAAGCUUCUAAGUUGGCUGAACAGGAGAAGGAUCUCACUGCCAAGCGUGCUCAAGGGCAGUAUGGUCUUCUGCAUCAUCAGCACAUGCAGUUAAAAUCAGAAAUGGAUGAACUUCAAUCAGUUAAUCAGGGAUUGAGGGAUAAGGUAGAUGAGCUUCAGAGCGCACAAGAAUCUGCAAUGGUGCAGCAUGCUGAAGAGUGUCGAUUAUCAGAAGAGAGGAUACGAACAUUAGAGUCUGAAGUAGAGGCUCUUCUUUCUAAGAAAACUGAAGCAGAAAAGUUAGUUGCAGACUUAGAGAAGCAAGUUCGCAAUCUUUCUGAGAGCUUAGGGUCAUCUGAGAAUGAAAAGAAAGAUUUGUUGAUAAAAUUAUCAGAGCUAGAGUUGGAAAAGAAGGAGAACAUGGAGAAGCUACAGGAAGAUAUACAUAAAAAGGAGGAUGAAAUUGAUGGUUUUCAGAAGGAGAUUUUGAAGAUCAAUCAGGAGGUGAAAUCUUUAGAGGAGCAAGUGAACAAGAUUUCUUCCACUCUGGAGGAAAAGGAACAGCUAAUCUUGCAAUACAUGGACAAAGAGAAGGAACUGAACAACCAAAAAGCAGAGAUUCAGGGGCAGUUAGUAGCUGCAGAAGGCAAGCUUGGAGAAGCUAAGAAGCAAUAUGAUGCUAUGCUUGAGUCUAAACAGUCGGAGCUGUCAAGGCAUUUAAAGGAGAUCUCUCAGAGGAAUGAUCAGGCAAUAAAUGACAUCAGGAAGAAGUAUGAGGUUGAAAAGCAAGAAAUCAUUAAUCAUGAGAAAGAGAAGGCAGACAAGACUGUUGCAGAGAUGGAAAGGUCUUGUGAGCAAAGACUUGACAAGUGCAAUGAAGAAUCAAGGAAGAAUUUAGCUCGCAUCCAAGAAGAGCAUACCGCUUUGAUUGAUUGCAUGAAGAAGGAGCAUGAAAGUAAAGAAUCCAAUCUCAAAUCUGAGCACCUUGAAGAAAUGAAAAAUAUCCAACUACAUGCUGAGAACGAACUCAGAGAGAAAACAAUGACACUCAGGAAUGAGCAUGAAUCCCAGAUUAGAGCCUUAAGAUUGCAGCAUGAGGAUGAAUGUAAACAGUUUCAGCAGGAGCUGGAUCUUCAGAAAUCUAAAGAAGAAAGGCAAAGGGCUUUGUUGCAGCUACAGUGGAAAGUGAUGAGCGACAUACCCCAAGAGGAUCAAGAAGCGAACUCAAAGAAGGAAUACUCUGUUUCAUCAAUCAGGAGGAGAGAUCUAGAUGGCACUAAAAGACGCAUGCCUCCUCCAGAAUCACGUUAUGAAGCUACUGUGCAAUCUCCAGUCCAAUCUCCAGUAUCAACCUUGCUUAGGAAAGUAGGGAAAGAAAAUGCAGGAAAUGUGAUGAAUAUGUCAAAGCAUGGAAGGAAGGUAACUAACCGCGAAUUCGAAGAGGAAACAACAAGUGGAGGAGGCAUCACCAAACGAAGGAAAACUAGGAGUACUGCUAUGCUUGCGGAUCCAAGAAAACAUAAGAAGGUUGCUACUCCUAAAGUCAAUACUCCUAAAAGCUCUAUCAAGGGAGUUAGGGCAGUGGGUUACUCUCAGCCUACCAAUAUCGGUGAAUUGUUUUCUGAAGGGUCUCUGAAUCCAUACGCUGAUGGAGAUGAUCCUUAUGCAUUCGAUUAAAGAUGACAGCAGAGAGUUUCUUUCUUGUACAGGCUGACAGAUGUACAUUGAUUCAACUGGUUGUAGAGUGCCAGACCGAUUUACCCAAUGCGGAUAUGCUAUAUACUGGUGUGCAGCUUUUAACUUCAGGAUCAAGUGUAAAGUUUCUUUUGCAUAGUACAGGUCGUAUAGAGAAUUUAGAACAAUGUCGAAAUAUAAUGUCCAUGUUUGUAAAAAAAAUAUUGGCUAGAUGUCAUGGACAUUAGUGUCAAAUCAAAUUUUGAAACUCAUUGUUCCACCUGCUUCUUUUUACAAUCAGCUAAGGCUGUCUUAAAGACUUGUUAAUUCUUUGUCGUGGAUCAUUUUUGUGCUUGAGCUUUAAGUGAGCAUUCAAUUCUGCCAAUGUCCGAUAUUAUCAACUGCAACUAAUUUAGGAACCCAAAAGCUGGUGCACUGGUAACUGCAACUUUUUCGUCUGUUUAU